AAAUAUAACUGACACCACUUUAGAUAAAACAAUCGUAACGUUGCGCUGUCGCAAAUUUGAUCUGUAUUUUGUUUUUUUUUUUUGUUUUUUUUUUUACAAAACAUCCGCGACUAGCUUGUAGCCCGUAGCCCGCUAGCAUCACCUACCGCUAGCCUUGUUUACGUUUCACAUUUCUCACUUACCGCUGUUCUGUUUUUUUUAAAAAAAAAAAAAAAAAAAAAAAAAAUAUGUCUGCUGUCUCUCCGGUUUUGAGUGCAGAUGAGGACUCGCUUGAGCUUCACAUGGUGCGGCUGGAACUGGAGGAUGUGGAGAAGCAGAUCCGCGGCCUACUCGACAAGCAGGCCCAGCUGCUGGAGCGACAAACUGCGCUGGAAACAUCUUGUGCCUCUGCCCACAUAUCCAAGGUAAGCACACAGCGUGGUAUUUCCACUCCCAGCCCCUCUACGCCGUGUGUUUCUCUGUGCAGGGACCGUGCACCUAGGACUUUCCCAGCCGUGGUCUCCGUCACGCCGGCGCCAACACACCUCGGGCCUUGGGUGAACCAGCGGCGAAAGGCGUGGGCUGGACCCUUUCCACCUCCGGUGUUCGAGUUUCCAACCAGGAACCGCUUCGCCCCUCUCCACCAGACCAGACCCAACGCUGUGAUCGUCGGGGACUCCAUUGUGCGGAACGUCCGUGUAGCCUCAUCUAAAGGUAAGGUGCGCACACACUGUUUUUCUGGUGCUUGUGUCCUUGAUGUCGCUGCGCAGGUAUCCGGGAUCCUGAAGAAGGACGAGCGCAUUGGAGCGGUUGUGCUGCACGCGGGGACGAACGACACCAGGCUGCGGCAGACGGAGGUUCUGAAGAGGGACUUCUCCAGCCUGAUCGAGACGGUACGAGGCAGAUCACCCACCGCGAAGAUCAUCGUCUCUGGACCUCUUCCCACAUACAGACGUGGAGCAGAAAACGUCCUAGGUUGUUUCGUCCUGAUGGCCUGCACCCCAGCAGCCUUGGAGCGGAACUGCUUUCAGACAACAUUUCCAAGGCGCUACACUCCAAGUGACUGCCUACCCGAUGAAGAAUCCAUUAAGGUGUACGUCCGCGUGCGACCUUUGACCCAAGGCUGGCUGAGGACAGACGGAGACCUCGGAACACACGCUGCUUCUGAACUCCAAACCCAAGCCGCGAAACUUCACCUACGAUCACGUGGCGGACAUGGACGCGACUCAGGAAUACAUGUUCUCCUUACUCGCUAAAAACAUUGUGGAGUCGUGCACGCAUGGUUACAAUGGCACGAUAUUCGCAUAUGGACAGACGGGUUCAGGGAAGACCUUUACCAUGCUGGGGCCGAAUGAGCUGACGGAUUUCUCUGAUCAGCUGCGUGGUGUUAUUCCUCGUAGCAUUGAGCAUUUGUAAUCCCUUAUGAGCAGCGUGGGGCGGAGUCUGCAGUAGCAAAGAGCUUCUGUGUAAAUGCUCCUUCAUCGAGAUCUACGAAGAGAAGCUCUUUGACCUCCUGGGCAGCGCCUCAGUGAGUCUGGUCCUCAGAGAGGACAUUGAGAAAGGAGUGUUUGUGGAAGGAGCGGUGGAGAAAUACGCGGCUUCAGCCAUAGAUGCCUACCAGAUUACGCUCUGCACGCUGAGAGAGGCGGCUCUGGACGCUCUGCGCACUGAGAGAGAGGCGGCUCUGGACGCUCUGCGCGCUGAGAGAGAGGCGGCUCUGGACGCUCUGUGCGCUGUGAGAGAGGCGGCUCUGGACGCUCUGCGCGCUGAGAGAGAGGCGGCUCUGGACGCUCUGCGCGCUGAGAGAGAGGCGGCUCUGCGUGCUGAGAUCAAUAGGCUCAGGCUGGUGUUGGCUCGAAUUUAGCCUAUUACCCAAAAACAUUUAAAACUCAACUUAGAAGCCAAUACUCACAUCUACCUCUGAGCCCAGUUGGAGAUAGAAAAAACACACCAGCCGUGAGUGAGAAGAAGCAAGGGUCCAGCUUUAUUGUUCCAUUCCACCACACGAGAUCCACACCGAUGAGAAUUCUCAAAAGUGAUCCCCAUACCCUGAGCUUAAGCUCCAGUAUUUAUACUGUAUUUACACACUAGAUAACCCAUAGGUUUCCAGAAAAGGCCUAUUUCACUUACCCAUAGAAUUGAAACCAGGGGUUUUACUUUACACAUAAAAUCAGAACCCAGGCAUUUCCAACAACCCAGGAAACAAAAACCCAGGGUUUCUAGUUACCUAGGUUGUCAAAAACCAAGAUUCCCAUUUACCUAGGUUGUCAAAAACCAGGAUUCUCUUUUACCUAGGUUUUCAAAAACCAGGAUUCUCUUUUACCUAGGUUUUCAAAAACCAGGAUUCUCAUUUCCCUAGGUUAAAAAAAUGACGUAAGCAAGACGACUAAACAACCGGGAGGGACCUUGGUCUUAUCGUUAUCUCGAGGGGGGGGGCAGCCACCCUUAUAACUGGCUUUCUUCAUGGUUCUCUAAAAAUUAAGGCUUUCCUUGCGAGACGAGAAUCUUCACCAUCUGAAUCAUGAACGCUGGUGUUGCUGCUGUCACUGCUCAUUGACCCCUGUCUGUCGCUGCUGUCGCUGCUCAUUGACCCCCGUCGCAUGGUCUCAAUCACCACCCCCCGUUGAGGCGGUAACGCCUCACCCUUAACAACAUACUGGCCAGAAAAGGAGGCUGAGGACAUCACCAUCCGCCGUGCGCAGGGGAUCACACAGCAGGCCACCAGAGCCAUAAGGAGAAGGAGGACGAACAGGGACGCUCCCAAGCGGGUCAGGGUAGCAGUCCAAUCUCCAGAAAGGAACCAGGAGAGCCACGGCGGGAGGCGGAGACUAGACCCAAAGCCGGAGUUAGCCGCUUGCUCCGUCUGGAGGGCUUGUAGUUGGCCCAGGACCUUGGAGAGGGCUCCCUCAGAACCAGUGUGCAAAGGGAUUGCAGCACAGCACUCGGGACCAAUCAUUGUACAGACACCUUCCUCCGGGGCCCGCAUCUGGUCCAGGACAAAACGGUUCUGAGCAGCCAUGAGGGAAGUGGCAUGGAGCUGAUCACGGACCAGUCCGAGAGCACUCAGCGAGUAGUUAAUGAAGCGUUGCUCGUUGUACCACAUGUAAUUAAUCCAUGCCACGUUGCAGUUGAUCUGCACGGCCGGGAGCAAAAUAGACGCUACACCACUGCCAACGGCCUCCAUGGCUCUGUAGCGAGCAGGAACGCCAACGGGGGUACCCCCAAAGUCAAGAUGGACGGUCUCAUCAGCAGCCCAGUCAGAAUAGUUCGCUGCAUCAGCGUCACGGACAUACUGAGUCCAUUGGGCCACGUCGCGGCGUGAACGGGACCGGCCGGAUGACGGUCGGUCAGCCACCAACAAAACACGGGUCUUACCAUCCAACCUAACCGGGGCGCAGCAUCCCUGCCACUCCGCAGGCAAGGUCUGGCGUACACGUUGGCCCCCGCAAAACCAGAACACAUCCGCAAGGGGAACAGUACCACCACUAAGAUCAGGUAGGGGAAUUACCACGUUGGGGGUGCAUGGGGGUGAAUCACAAACAGAGGGGGUUUCAAUUUGCAAAUCAUUAGCGAACAGGGAGACAUUACAUCGGGCAGACAUAUUUCCCACAGGAUAUACGCCAACAGAGGAGUAGAGGCAGAUGGGAAAGAACGAGGGCAGAGAUGGUUGGACGCGGACAAAAGUCGACACUUGAGUGGUUACAGGGUGAAACAGGCAUGAGGAGCUUGCAUUGUGCAUCCACGAUGGGCCAAAAUCAGCCGAAAGGGCCCCAAGGAGGCACACGGUAGGACACAAAAAAUCAACAGAAUAGGGGUUGGUGAGACAUUCUGUGAGGUUCCCCAUAGGCAGCAUAAAAUGGGGGGUGAGGCUACGAUCAUGACAUACGAGACACGAGCGAUCCGUCACAGAUCGAGCAGUGUGGACCAUCCAUGCCAUAUACAUGUUACUCUGCUCCUCCGUGAGCGAAGUGUUAGCGGUAGAGAUUGAAUAAUAUUGUAAUUUCAUUAAUUUAUGUGCGAUCGGAGUUGACAUCGGGGCAAUGAGGAGGGGGUGGAGAGCCCGGGAUGCGAAGGGUGACCCUGUACUAUCAUGGUAAGAACAUGCCGUAGCCGAGCAAAGGAACGGUAGCCACAGGGGGCCAAUCGUGGGCAGCUCGAAGGAGCACCUACUCGUCCGUGCCCUACCAGUAAUUCUAAGAUGUCCUACGCGAAUCUCCACAGACCGAGCUGGGGAGAAAGUGAAUGAGGCCAAAUAGGGACUUCUCCCAAUCAGGGACUCUUCAUGGGCGAGUCUAAGGAGAGCUAACGCGCACAUCGAGCUACGGGAACCUAUAGUGGAGCCAGGGGCCGUCCAGGAUCGAACACGCCUAAUACGAGGAUAGAGG